AUUUAAUGAAUCAGGCGGAAUAAACUGUAACGUUAUUAUUAAUGUUCCGCCGCUUAGACUUUCUCACCUUGUAAUUUGCUGUUAAGUUGAACAGUUGCAAAUUGCAUUCAGAAUGGUUUAGAUAGAUAGAUAACCAAUUAGCAUAGACUGAUAUUUACGCUAGUGAAUAGUAGUGAAUAGAUAGAAGUGCGCGUAAGUAUCGGGCUGUGUUAUUUCAAUUAACAUUCUUAAGCCGGAAUGAAGCUAAUUUUGCCUGAUGGUUUCUUCACAUAUUUCGCCGCAUUUGCAGCACAGCAGGAAAAUGGCACGAAUUUUCGAACCAUCUAUUUCGUAUGUGUCAAUCUUCUAAGUUACGGUGGAGGUUUAGGAUAUGGUUGGUCUUCGCCAGCGUUGCCCAAACUGAGCGGCAGAGUGCAUCCAGAAGACAAUCCACUAAGACAUCCGACUUCAGUGCAUGAAGAAUCAUGGAUAGCGUCCCUUUUAAGUUUGGGUGCAAUGAUCAGUCCAAUCUUUGCGGAACUAUUGUGCGAAAAAAUCGGCCGAAAGCGAACGCUUCUGCUGUUUUCGCUGCCCAUGCUGAUCGGAAACUUUAUGAUGAUUUUUGCGCACAGGGUGUUUCAUUUUUAUGUCGCCCGAUUCCUUAUAGGGCUAACCGAAGGGUGUAUUUUUGCAACAAUUCCCGUUUACUCUGCGGAAAUAUCCGAGAAGCACAACCGAGGCACAUUAGGCGCUAUAAUGUUGCUGUUCGUCUCACUAGGACAUCUCACUUCAAGUAUCGUCGGCCCGAGAGUGUCCAUAAGAACUUUGAGUAUAAUUUCCUUAAUGCCUUGCAUAUUAUUCCUGCUGAUUUUCGGGCUGCUUGUACCUGAAACGCCCUAUUUCUACGUGCUGGUGAAUAAGGUGGAUGAGGGCAAAAAUUGCCUGCGGAAGCUUCGAAUGCGAGAUGAUGUCGAUGAAGAAAUGGAUGAUAUAGUGAAGGCAGUGAUGGAGCUGAGAAGCGCCGAGGAUAAAAAUGCCCUGAAGGAACUGCUGACUAAUAAGUAUUCAGUUAAAGCGUUCAUUCUAGCGCUGGUUUUAAUGCUGCUGCAACAGUUUACUGGGUUGAUUUAUGUGGUUGAUUACACGCAGCAUAUUUUUGAUUUUGCGCGCACUCCGUUAUCGGGGGAUGUUGCUGUGAUUCUGGUCAGCACUGUCCAGGUGCUAAGUAUAGCAACUUCCGCUAACAUAAUCGACCGAGUUAAUAGGAAAACGCUCCUUCUUGUAUCCCUGAUUAUAAUAUUUUUGCUGCAAACCACCAUGGGUUCUUUCUUUUAUCUGCAGCAGGAAACUUUCGAAGAUCUACGCUCAGUUUCCUGGAUACCCAUCGUUUGCCUCAUGCUCUUCAUUAUGGCCUUCCAAAUGGGAAUCGGCCCAAUUUCCUACAUUUUUCCUGCGGAAAUUUUGGAGCCAAACGUUAAAUCUCUGGGCACCACUCUUGUUAUUUCCAUCGGGUUACUGGGCGAAUUUGGCAUCGCCACCUUGUUUCCAAUGGUAGCCGUUCGCAUCGGUUAUUAUAUUCCGUUUGUUAUUUUUGCCUGUUUGUCGGGUUUUGCGGUAUUUUUUGUUAUGUGGUUCCUACCGGAAACUAGGCAAAAAAGCUUUCUGGAAAUCCAGGAAAAUAUUAGAAAUAAGAGUAGCUGAUUGAUGAUAGGUUCAUUUCAAUUUAAUGUUGGUUACAUUUAGUACAAAGUUUUUUCGUCAAAGUCGGGCCUUAAAAAUGCCUGCUUUGUUAAAUCAGGGGAUUUACGAAAUAUGCGUGUGAAAUCACGCGUUUUCCUAUAUAAGUUGAUGAAUAAAAUCAGGUAGAGGUCCCGUGACUAAUAUACGAUUAAGUAGAUAUAGAGUUUUAUUUUUUUUACUCCGAUAAAUUAGUUGGGUACAGUUUGGGGUUGAGAUCAAUAAUAAACAACAAACCAAACAUUAUAUAAAACAAACAUAACUUCUUAGUGCGGAAGCUUAGUUAAACAGACGAAACGUCGACAUGUGUGACUAAAAACUUUUGCUUAUUAAUGAUGCCAACCCAUAUUAUGUGUUUAGUUUUGACUAAACACAUAAUUAUUUUAUUAGGCGGAUAUUGAAAUUUCUCACUGUUUUAAGAGUAUUUUAUAUAUUUUUUAAAAUAUUAUUUAGUUGUAUUUGCUUACGCGGAUGAAUUGUAUAGACGGUUUAGUCUUAGUAGGCGAAUUGAUUUUAAACAAAUAGGGGAAGUAAAAACAAUUGGAAAAAUAUGUUUUCGGUUGAAUUAAAAUCGUGAAAAAAAUUGAAUGGCAACAGUUGAUGAGAAUUAAUUUCGUGUAACGCACCGCGUAUUAAUUUAUAUCGAUUCGGCUAUUGAACAGUUAAUUCAUUGGCAAUCGAAACCGUAAACUUCCAACUUUCUAUUUUAUUUGAUUCAGCAAACCUUUAAAAAAAUUAGCAUAAAUGUUUCAAUUUCAGUUGUGUUUUUUAUGUGUUUAGUAUACUUUGUCGGAGGAAAUAAUGAAAUGUACUGAUAUUAUUUUUUUGCAUAAAUCACAUAUGAGAAACGA